CGAAAUGCACUUAGUCGUUGGCAAUUUUUCCUCAACAGCGGAUGUGCUGAGAAAACUGCUCUUUCAGGAUGGAAAUAAGCUUCCUGCAUCUCAUCGCGAUCGGCGUAAUUUUGGUUAUAAUUUAUCAGUUUCUAACCAGGAACAGUGAUUACUUCCACAAGAAACCCAUUCCUUCGUUGGAUACCAAAUUCCUGCUGGGAAGUACGUGGCAGCUAUAUCUGAAAAAAAUUUCAUUCGGUGAUUUCAUCCAAACCACGUAUGAAAAGUUUCCGAACUCCAAGGUAUUCGGAAUGUUUGAUCUAAUCUCACCAGUGUUUGUUAUACGUGAUCCUGACUUGAUAAAAAAAGUGGCUGUGAAAGAUUUCGAUCACUUUGUUGAUCGUGUGCCUCUGUUUGGUGGGGCAGACAACAAUCAUCCGGAUUUGAUCUUCAGUAAAUCGUUGUUUGCUUUAACCGGUCAAAAAUGGAGAAACAUGCGGGCAACGUUGAGUCCUGCGUUCACCGGUAGCAAACUACGGUUGAUGUUCGAUCUCAUAGUGGAAUGCGGUGAAAAUGCUGCGCGAUACUAUCUCGAUGAAGCACGUUCAAAGGGACCUCAGGAGUACGAAAUGAAGGAUGUCUUCUCACGAUUUUCAAACGAUGUGAUUGCUACGUGUGCUUUCGGUUUCCAAGUUGAUUCAUUAAAAAAUCCUACAAACGAGUUUUUCGAAAAUGGAAGGAACAUGAUGAACUUUAAUCGAAUAAGUGUAUUUCUCCGAUUAAUCGGGCACAGAUUAAUACCAAGUAUCAUGGAUCAUUCGGGAAUCGAUAUAGUUGAUGCAAAAUACAAUAAUUACUUCAAAUCGAUUAUACUAUCAGCUAUAAACGAUCGAGAAAAUAAGGGUAUUGUUCGACAAGACAUGGUGAAUCUUUUGAUACAAGCUAAGAAAGGAACACUAAAACAAAAACAACAUACAGAACAUGAUGACAGUUUUGCCACUGUGCAUGAAUCCAGUAUUAGUAAAGGGCAUAGAUUGACAACUCUAACUGAUGCUGAAAUAGUAGCUCAAUGUUUAGUAUUUUUUAUAGCAGGAUUUGAUACUGUUUCAACGUGCUUACUUUUCGUAAUUUAUGAACUAGCGGUAAAUCCUGAUGUACAACGAAGACUGCACAAAGAAAUUGUAGCAACUCAUUCAUCUCUAGGUGAAGGAUCACUGACAUACGAUGCCCUACUGAAAAUGAAGUAUUUGGAUAUGGUUAUAUCAGAAGGUCUUCGAAUGUGGCCACCAGUUCCAGCAGUUGAUCGAAUUUGCUUGAAAGACUAUCAACUAGAUUCUGGCGAUGGACUCAAGUUUAUUAUCGAUAAAGGCUCCUAUGUUUGGAUACCCAUUCAGGCACUACACCGUGAUCCUAACUAUUUUCCGAAUCCGGAUGUUUUCGAUCCAGAACGAUUUGGAGACAUGCGGAAGGGUAACAUCAAAGCCGAAUCAUAUGCACCAUUUGGAAUCGGUCCCAGAAAUUGUAUCGGAUCGCGUUUCGCACUUGCCGAGGUUAAAGUUAUUCUGUAUUAUAUGCUACUGAAUUUCUCCUUCGAAAAGACUGAUCGAACGGAGAUACCGCUUAAAAUUUCUAAGGGACUUGGGGAUGUCACUCCGGAGAAUGGUGUAUAUUUGAAAUUAUUACCCCGGAAUUGAUUUGGAAACUAUGAUGUAGGUAUCGAUUAAAUAAAAACUGAUAACUAAGUGUGGGCAGUAUUUGUAAACACUAAAAUCGUAGAUUAUUCUUACUUACCUUCCAGCAGUGUUGGUGAUUGCCGGUAAUUUGACAGAAGCUGCUCGAUAUUGACUUAUGUACUUGGGUUUAUUUAAGUAUUUUUAAAAAAACAUUUCAAUUCAUGGUAUAUUUGGUUUUCACAUCUGCACUCUCUUAACUCUCAAAUCGAACUAAUUAGCUUGUCUUGCCUGAAUGUUCGUUAGACCUGACUACCUAGCCCUAAACUAUUGUAUCAGCGGUUAUCCUGUCCGAACAUGUCGAAAUCGUCGAUGCGGCGUGGUGGUUUCGGCUGAUGCAAUUACUAAUGGUUCUUACACGAAGAACCCUUCGAUCAUAAAAUUGCGAUAUCGCAGUUUUCGAAUUUUGCGAUAGUUGAUUUAACUAAUUUCUUCGUGAUUCAACCAAUAUGGUUUUUGAUUUGCAUAUAUUCAAGUAGUUGAAAAAUAUGUUGUUUUGAAUGCUGUCAAAUGCCGGAGACAGUUGAAAGCAAAACAAUAAUCGCAAUGCAAAAUCAACAACUUUUUUAGUUCGCGUCGCUUCAAAAUGUCAAUGAAAACAACAUCGAUGGUUAAAGCGUUUGGUGAAAAUGUGUUCAUUCGAUUUGAGAAAUUUAUGAUAACAAGUGUUUAUUUAACCGCUAUUAUUUCGAUCAUUGAUUUACUUCCAGCAGACUGUUUUACUUCCCGCUGUUUGAUACAGAUGAUGAUGCUCAUGCAUUAGCAAUAAAACGCUUUUUGACAUGAAUUUAAUUUAUAAAAGUAACAGGAGCGAAAGGUUUCAAACACACAGAACGCGCUGCGAUUGAAUGGCGCGUUUGAAUUGCCGUCGCAAAAUUCCAACCGUUCAACCGUUUGAAGGCAUCAUCUUUCAAUACUAAUUUUAGGUAAAUUUAAUAAUUUCGCUAAUUUACUCGCCCCUCCGGGCAUUUUUGCUGAUUAAAAACGUUGAUGAUCAUACAAAAAUCAAAAUCACUUAGAGAUCAGAUCAGUUCUGAGUUCUGAUUUCGUAAUGAUAAUUUAUUCCUUGGUUAAGAUCACUUGAAAUCGGCAGUGAUCGGUAGUUUACCCAGCCCUAAUGAUAUUACAUGUCAAUAUAAAAUAUAUUUUUAUAUUUUAACAA